CCGUGUUUACAUAUUUCCGGCUUUUCGUAUAGCGUUUUAACGUGCUUAUUGUUUUGUCGUCACAGGUAUGGAUGAGACAUGGACAGAUAUGGAGAUGAGAAAAAAUAAUCGGAAAAUUGUCUUUGCAGAUAAUUUGCAGGGAAAAUUUUCUGUGGAAGAAGAAAAAGAAAUUCAAGAGUUAGUCAAUUUUAUAAAAUCAAAGGCAAUAAAUGUUGCAGAUUCAUUGCCUAUUCACGAUGAUAUAAAACAAGAAGAUAUGAUUUAUUUGUCACAUAAAGGUGUAAUGCCACAUAGUGAAGACUAUGAAUUGUCAUUGCCCUCAUGUUCAUACAUGAGUACUGUUUCUGAAAUUGGAGAAGGUAUUUCAAGAAUAUGUAAACGACAAAAUGAAGGAUUAUAUGAAUAUUCCGAAGACAAGUGUAAAACUGCAGUACAAAACUGUUCUGUUUGUUCUACAAACACAACAAAACAGUGCGAAGUGUGCCUUACGUACUAUUGUAGCAGAACUUGUCAAGUAAAUGAUUGGCCACAACAUCAGGCUGAGUGUAGCUCUAUUCCGGCUUUAGAUGUUAUAGAUAACACAUUGCUAAUUAAGCAAGACGUAAAUAAACGGCCUUCGACCCCUAAUGUUGAUACGGGUGAAUGUAGCGGCGAAGUAAAACGACGAAGAAUUGAUACGUUUAACGUAUGGGAAGAGGAAGCGAAUAAUACGACUAGAAAUGGAAUCAACAAAGAGAGUAAUAUAAAAAUUACUCAAAAUAAUUAUCAUGAUGCUCACGAUAAUUAUGCACCUGAAAUAAAAAAAGAAAACCAAGCAGUAAUCAAGAAAGAGAAAAGUAAUCAUAAUAGUAAUUAUAAACCUAAGACUAGUGUCAAAGAAAGACACAAUAAUAAUAGCAAUGUAAGAGAUAAAAUUUGCAAUAAUGAUAGAAACUAUCCCCAAAGAAACAGCUUCCAAAAUAAUAAAGGCUCUACUAGCUAUGACAGAGAAAAUACUAAUAGCCAAACUAGUUCCUCAGUGAAUGAUUCUUCUUAUAAAGAAACAUAUUUAUCCAACAAAGAAUUUACAACCGUGCAAAUCGUAAAAUCACUAGGUAAUAAUAAAUAUUUGGUAUUUAAUUCAAAAGAUGCUGACGCCCGUACCAUUUUAAUGACAAAAUUACAAGAUAUAAAAAAUUCAGCAAAUCUGCCGCCGACUGUUGGUGGCGUUUAUGGUGUGAAAUAUGAAGGUCUUUGGUAUCGAGCUAUGGUAACAUCCUUGAAUCCUACGACGAUCCAAUAUAUUGAUUUUGAUGAACAGGAGACACUAAAAAAAGAUGCCGAGCUGAAAGAUCUUGGAGACUUGAUUGAAUCUCCAACAAUUAUUAGAAAAAUUUGUGUGCCAAUUUGGCCAAUGGGCAUAAGUGAUAAGUACAGGAAUCUACAAGUGGGAGAUGAAAUUUCCGUUAGAAUGAUUUUUGUCGAUUCUGAAAAAUAUUCAAUGGUAGAAUUAAAAGAAGAACAGUUCGCUGAGAAAAAGAAGUUCGCUGCAGAUUAAUGCCCAAAGACUUUAUUCAAGCUGCAGCAAUGGCGAAUACGUGUACAAAAUUUAUAUAUAGAACAAACUCCUGUUUCAUGUUAUCUGUAAAGAAAGUCGAUUGAUAUGUU